AGUUGUUUUGGCGGUUGUUGUAGGUUAUUUAUCGGCUAACCUAUUUUUCGCUUAUGUUUAACCCUUAAUAUACCAGUGACAACACAAAUCUAAACAAAUAAUUGCGUAAAAACUACGCGUAAUCCGUAUGUACCGUUUCCAUGCGGUGCCAUUUAGCAACGGAAAACAUCGAAUUCUGUCUAAUCAUAACAGUGAGAACAACGAGCAGCCAUUUGCCUAAAGUAAAGUGAAGGUCGACGCUCAACGACGUAAAGCUUGGUUAGGUUUGUCGUUGUCGAAUUAGAUUUUCGUCUCACUGUGAUGUUACAACAAACAUAACUCACGCACAACAAUGGAGGAACCGUUCGGCCUCACUUGGGAGGACACCGCCGCGGUGGUGCAGGCCGAGGAGGUGAUAUGCGGCAUCGAAAACGAGAUAUUGCCCGGUGACGCGGAGGAAUUCACCGGGGUUACCGAGGAGGUGGUGCAGGACAUCCCGCAGAACGGAGAGGAGGUCCAAGUCGACAAUGGAAUUAUGUAUUUAACUGACGGCAACGUCCUAGUCAUGCAGCCUGGUGAACCGGAUGGAACCUACCAGGAAUACAUGCAGGUCACCGAAGAGGUUGUCACAGACCAGUGGGGCGAAAGCUGUCACGAGGAAAUCGUCGUCGGAUCGGAAGAGGCGGUGGGCGGCACAGAAGAACAGACGACGGAAGAUUGCGACAUCCCGUUACCGGAUCAGGAUGAGUAUACGACGGCGCGACCGUAUCCGUGCGACUUUUGCAGCCGCCGGUUUCGCAAGAAGGCGAACCUGAUGAACCACAUGGUGGCGCACCAGACGGACAGGCCGCACGGCUGUAACCUGUGCGGCGUCCGUUACAUACGUAAAUGCGAUCUAAUGAACCACCUGAAGAUACACGCCUACAUUCCGGACGCCGACCAGAUGGAGGAAGAGGAAGGCCAACAGUUGGACGAGUCGUCGGACAGCGAGAGGCAGAGGCGUGUGAAGAAAAAGAAGAAGUUUAAGGUCAAAGAGGAGUACGACGAUGCGUAUGAGGUUGACGAUGCGGGAGCCUCCAGUUCCAGGCAGUACAACUACGUGGACGAGGACAUGCGGCUGAUGGAGGCGAUGGAGGGCACCAAGACCGAGUACGGCGAGUACUUGCCCGAUGACCAGGGCGUUCCCGAAGGCGAGAUCCGCUACGAGAUCACGGAUCCUCGCAAGCCGUUCGUGUGCCAACACUGCGGCGUCGGGUUCGCACGCGAGAAAGCGCUCGCGUCACAUGCCAGAGUGCACGGCGGUGACAGUCCGUUCGAAUGUCAAAAAUGCGGUGACAUGUUUUGGGAUGCGGCCCAGAUGAAGGAGCACAUCCGUACGAAACACGGCGGCGAAACUGAGGACUAUGAGGACGACGACGAGGAUGUGGAUUACAGCGAGGAGGAGACCAAAUAUGGUACCUACUAUUGUCCCACUUGUGGGCUGUCGUUUCACCGACAAGACAACUUGAGGCGCCACCAAAGAGUCCACAUCAAAGAGGAGUUUGUCAAUGAACACGAAUUUGGGCACAUUUGCAACGUGUGCGGGGAAUCGUUCCAGGAGGCGCUUGAUCUCCUCGCGCACGCCGAAGUGCAUGCUCGAGGAUCCGAACAUAGUGAUCCGUGUUUUAGAUGCAUGAUAUGCGGCGAAGUGUGCAUCGACGACGCGGCCGUACAAGAGCACGUGCAGACCAAACACGGUCGCAACCUGCCACCCAACACCUGCAUGCUGUGCGGACGCACGUGCAAGGACCGGCGCACGCUCCUCAAGCACUCGUGGGAGCACUCAAAGGAGAAGAUGUUCGCGUGUUCGAAGUGCGCGAAGACGUUCCACAACAAGGCGCGACUGAAGCGUCACAUGCUGUCGCACCGCAACAAAGUGGUGCCGUGCGACGUCUGCGGCGAGGAGUUCCCCGAUGGCAGGUCACUGAUGAACCACCGGCAUAGUCACAGCAGCGUGUCCGGCAGACAGUUCCCUUGCAGGGAGUGCGGCAAGACAUUCGGAUCGCGUAGCUCGCAACAGAUCCACAUCCGCAUCCACACCGGCGAGAGACCGUACGGUUGUCGAUUCUGUUGGAAAGCAUUUGCCGACGGCGGCACCCUGAGGAAACACGAGAGGAUCCACACCGGUGAGAAGCCGUACGCCUGCGCCGUCUGUCCCAGGGCGUUUAAUCAACGUGUGGUGCUGCGCGAGCACAUCAGGUCGCACCAUUCGGGACCUGAUCCGAAAUACAGCAACAGCAUGACACCCUACUGUUGCUCCGUCUGUUCGGACAUGUUUGCCGCCUCGCAGGACCUGAUCCUGCACCUGAUCCACCAUUGCGACAUGAACACCGCCAUGAAACGCCAACCGCAAGUGGGACCAAGGAAGUACAAGCGCAGGAGGAAACUCAAACCGCACGAAUUGGAGAUGAUAUGCAGCAGAAACGAGGAGGAAAUAGUCCCGGAAGAAGAGGAAGAGGAAAUGAUGACCGAGUCAGACGACGAACGGGACACACGCAAAAGAGUUUCCAAAAAGACCAAGAAGGCGUCCCCGAAGCCCAGCAUGACGGAAGCCGAUAUCUUCAAUAGCUACCCCUCUACCACGGACAGUAUAAACAACAUAGUCAACAACAAAACCUCCCCGUUCAAGGUAAAGAAGAAACAGAAGCUCGAAGCUUCGGUACCCUCCAGACCGAAGAUGAUACACACGCAAAAGACGCGCGUGGCAGUCGAAACCGGCGAAGACGGCAAGGUGAGGCACAAAACCAAAACACUGGUCACCAGAACCGAGCCCACCGAACUAAAGUCGGCCACGGGCGAGAGGAUACGUCCCCGAACCAAAAACGUGAGCUACCACGUAUACCAGCCGGAAAAACUACCCCUGGCCACCUUCCCCGAGGACGACACGGAACAGGCGGUGAGCAACUUGCUGAAGGACAAUCUGGUGAGCGAUCACAACGGUAUGUACAUGGACCAAGUGGAGUCGGCCCCCGAAAUCGCGGCCGAACAAACAGUCGAGAGUGAGACCAUCGCGCCUGUGGAACCACGUGUGCGACGCAGUUCGAGAUCCACCAGACACAUCUUGGGGCCGGGUAGCAGAGUCAGAAUCGUCAAGGGUGGAAUGAUCAUAACGAAGAAUAAAAAACGCCAGAGCGAAGAACAAGAAUCGUUGGAAAACAUUGAAUUGAACUCCGACCUGAUGAAGGAUGUGAUCAUCAAACAGGAGGUCGUCGAUCAGAGUCCGCUUCACGAGUUGGCUGAGAUUUCCAUGCAACACGCGCAAAAUUUAUUCAAAUGCGAAAUGUGCAGCGAAGUGUUUUCUGAUAGGGCGCAGUUAUUGGUACACGUGCCAAUACAUAUAUGAUUGUAAAUGAAAUCUUUACUUGCACAUUUUUCUACCCAAGAUGAAAGUGUCGCUUGAUACAUGUACAGUUUACAUCUUGGAUUUAAGAGGCCAUUUAUUGUUGUAUUUAGAUAUAUUUCAAUGAAUACAAUACAAAUUUUGUUAUUAAUUAUGAAAGUAUAUAUAUUAUUAUAUAUGGUUCUACUUUUGCUUUAAUUAAGAUAAACGCAUUAUACACGAACUUAUUGAAUUAUGAUGUAAACUGAACCAGACUGUUUUUUAUUGUUAUGUAUGAAUUGAUUUAAUAUUGUGUAAAUUUGUAACUGAUACAAUUAUUGAUGUUUAUGUAUGGAAGAACAUAAUUUUAACAAUAUGAACAUUUAAAGGAAGCAACUUGUCUAUAUUUUUGUAAUAAUUUCUUCUCAAGUUAUUUGUAAUUUACCUCAAGUAGUUUUUACUUUAUGUUAAAGUGAAGAUUCUGGUAUAAUUAUAAUUGUAUAUAUUUCACUGUGAAAUAUAAUUAUUUUAGCUCUUGUCUUAAUUAUGUAAAUAUUAUAUUAGAUUAGAGGCAGUGUAGAGAGCCCUUCUGUUUGCUGUAUCUUCUUUGAUAGAAUAAAUGUUUGGUUAGGCA